AUGUACAGCUUCACGCUAGAAGAUCUCAAAGCUUCCGAAUGGGGGGAGCACCCGAUGGCCAUAACCGCCUUUAGGAUGAAGAAGUCGGGCUUCCGUCGCUUUGGGUUUGCCGUUUACCGGACAACAUACGACGACGACGCAGCGUGGGAACGCUACCUCGAAGUCCUCAAGGUGACCGCGCGCAGAUCCCUCGUGCACCAGGGCCGCGACGUGCUUCUUGAGCAGUACAUGGACUGGCCGGUGAUAUCUGACCGGGCCAAGCUCGACGGUGCGUCCAAGGCCGACGUGCGGCCGCACUUCAAGUCCUGGUGCGCAGGCCGCAGCGAGGAGCGUGACGGCCCCGGCGCCACGAAGGACAGGGCCGGACGGCUGCCGCGCUUCAAGCACUGCCUCUACGUGGACCGCAAGAGCCUCGAAACCCUGGCCAAGAUGCCGGAGGGCUUCUGCGAGCUCGAGCGGACGGACCUCGAGUCCAACGUGGUGGUCGUGGUGAUUGACGGCGCUUUCGACGAGAGGAUGCCCGGCUCAGACCAGGGCCUGCACCCCGAUGUCGAGGGCUAUUGA